CGCGCAAGCUCGCGCUCAGGCAGUGGCGCUGGGAGUCUCGUGGACGCGUUGCCGUUACUCGCAGUCGGGCGGCGGCGCAGGCAGCGGCGGCGGUAACCGCGCACAGCGCACCCCGCGCCUUCGCAGCCACAGCAGCAGCCGCGGAGGCACCCCCGCCGUCCCAAGCCUGCGCUGGUGCAGCCUCCUUCGCUCCCUCUGCUCUUCCUCCCUCCGCUCGCACCAUGGCUGAUCAGCUGACCGAGGAGCAGAUUGCUGAAUUCAAGGAAGCUUUCUCCCUAUUCGAUAAAGAUGGUGAUGGCACCAUCACAACAAAGGAACUUGGGACUGUCAUGAGGUCACUGGGUCAAAACCCAACAGAAGCUGAAUUGCAGGAUAUGAUCAACGAAGUGGAUGCUGAUGGUAAUGGCACCAUUGACUUCCCAGAGUUUUUGACUAUGAUGGCUAGAAAAAUGAAAGACACAGAUAGCGAAGAAGAAAUCCGUGAGGCAUUCCGAGUCUUUGACAAGGAUGGGAAUGGUUACAUCAGCGCCGCAGAACUACGCCAUGUCAUGACAAACUUAGGAGAAAAACUAACAGAUGAAGAAGUAGAUGAGAUGAUCAGAGAAGCAGAUAUUGAUGGAGAUGGACAAGUGAACUAUGAAGAAUUCGUACAGAUGAUGACUGCAAAAUGAAGAACUUCUUUCAACUAUUUUCCCCCCUAGAAGAAUCAAAUUGAAUCUUUUACUUACCUCUUGCAAAAAAAAAAAAGAAAAAAAAGAAAAAGAAAAAGUUCAUUUAUUCAUUCUGUUUCUAUAUAGCAAAACUGAAUGUCAAAAGUACCUUCUGUCCACACACAAAAUCUGCAUGUAUUGGUUGGUGGUCCUGUCCCCUAAAGAUGAAGCUACACAUGAGUUUUACAAUAUAAUACUUGUUCUACCUUAAUGAUAAGGAAGCACUUAGUGGAUUCCUUGCAGUUCCAUUUGCUAAUGAUUAAUACACUGUUUGGGCUGGCCAGUUUUUCAUGCAUGCAGCUUGACGAUUGAGCACAGUCAGGCAUUUGUAUUAAAGUUGAAAGAU